UUGUAAACGCUAAUACGCGAGUAAGAGAGUAGUACUAUAUCGUUUCCAAUUUUAUCACUUCUUCGAUACUUCCCAAGUUCAGUGACAUGGCCACCGCUUCAAUCUUCGCCGCCGCCGUCACCGUCACCGUCACCGGCACCACAGACGUGACACCUCUGUUUAAUACGUCUUCCUUAAUCAUCGGAAAAUCAUUAUCUCCUUCUUCAAAAUCCGCCUCAACCAGAUCCUCAGUUUCGUUCUCCCGCAAAACCCUAACUCCAAUCCGGUACUCUUCCUCUCCCGCCGAUCACUCACCUACCGCCGCCGCAUCCGCCGUGGAAUCGAUCACGAAUCGAUCCAAAACCUCCUUGAAAUCUCGCCUCCGUGGUGGAGAAACUCUCUACGGCCUCUUUCUCCUCUCCUUCUCGCCGACUUUAGCCGAGAUCGCUGCUCACGCCGGUUACGAUUACGUCGUCGUUGACAUGGAACACGGUCCCGGAGGUAUACCGGAAGCGUUAGAGUGCAUCCGAGCUCUCAACGCCGCCGGAACCUCCGCCAUUCUCCGGUUACCUGAAAACUCGGCAACCUGGGCUAAGAAAGCCUUAGAUCUAGGUCCACAAGGGAUCAUGUUCCCGAUGAUCGAAUCUCGCAAAGACGCGACCAAAGCGGUGUCGUAUUGCCGGUUUCCACCCGACGGCAUCCGAGGAUCGGCGCACACGGUGGUGCGAGCUUCGAACUACGGAAUCGACGAAGGGUAUUUAAGUAAUUACGCAGAAGAGAUUCUGAUCAUGUGUCAGGUGGAAUCAGGCGAAGGAGUGAAGAAAGCUGAUGAGAUCGCAGCCGUUGAUGGCGUUGACUGCGUGCAAAUGGGACCGUUGGAUCUUAGCGCGAGUUUGGGGUAUCUGUGGGAUCCGGGGCAUAAGAAAGUGAGAGAGAUGAUGAGGAGAGCUGAGAAGUCUGUGCUGGCCUCGGAUCCUGCGAAAGGCGGGGCUUACUUGUCCGGUUUCGCGAUGCCGCACGACGGAGCUGUUGAGAUUCGUGGACGUGGCUACCAAAUGGUCGCCGGAGCUGUUGAUGUUGGGUUGUUUAGGAACGCAGCUGUUGAAGACGUGAGGAGGUUCAAGAUGGGUUUGGUCGAUGAAUCGGACGGUGAGGAUUCGUUGGAACAUGGUAAAGAUGUUGAUGAUGAGAAGUACUGGAGCGAAUAAAACAAAAAAUUGCUAAUUUCCUUUUGAAUGUUUGUUUGUGUUGGCUUUUUAAAGCUUUCCUUCCUUUGAAUUUUUCAUAAAAGAUUUACAAUCAAUGCCA